AUGAAGGCCAAGGCGCAGGCCAUCGCCGACAAAGCCGCGGCCAUGUCCGGCGGCGACGACGACCGCGGCGUCAAGCGCGACCGCGAGGGCGAUGACAUGCUCCCCCCCGACGCAUUCGAGAACCCCGCGCAGCGCCAGCGCACGUCCGGCUUCGACGCGCCCCCGGCCGAGGGCGCGGCGCCCGCCGCGCCCGUGGCGGAUGCCCCCGGAGCAGUCGAGGGACCCGCCCCCAUCACGCUCCAGACCGCGGGCCACGAGGGUCGCAUCAUCGGCCGCGGCGGGCAGAACAUCAUGAGGAUGCAGGACCAGUACCAGGUGAGGAUCCAGGUGAAAAAGGACCAGGGCAUCACGGAGGUGUCCGGCGCGGGAGCAGAGCAGUGCGCCGCGGAGAUUCGGUCCAUCAUGGACGCCGCCAACGCGGCGCUGGCGGCGGGAGGCAGCGGAUACGUCGUCGGCGACGCUCCCGGUCAGGCCCCGGCCGGCGGCGGUGCCUCGAGGAUCAUCCCCUGCGCGGGCGUGGAGUCGCGCAUCAUCGGCAAAGGCGGGCAGAACAUCCGCGCCCUUCGCGAGCGGACGGGCGCUCAGAUCAAGGUGAGAAACGAGACGCGCGACGUCGAGAUCACCGGCCACCCGCAGGCGGUGGAGGCGGCGGCGGCGGCCAUCGAGGAGAUCAUCCACAACUUCAACACCACGGGCAGCGCCGGGCCGGGGCCGGGCGGCGGCGGCGGGCGGGGUGGAGGAGGAGGCGGCUACGGCGGCGGCUACGCCCAGCCGGGCGGCUACCAGCAGCAGGGCGGCUACGGCGGCGGCUACCAGCAGCAGGGCGGCUACGGCGGCGGCUACCAGCAGCAGGGCGGCUACGGCGGCGGCUACGGCCAGGGGUACGCCCAGGGCGGAUACGACCAGGGUGCGCAGUACGGGGGCUAUCAGCAGCAGCAGGGCGCGGCUUACGGCGGCGGCGGCGGCGGCGGGCCCGCCCCCACCGGCGCGACGGGCCUCCCCCCGGGCUGGCAGGAGCUGAGCGCGAACGGCCAGGUGUAUUACUGGAACACCGAGACCAAUGUGACCCAGUACGAGCGCCCGCAGUGA